GCAGGGGGGGAGACCGCUGUUUGUGCGGAGCUUUUCGGCACGAUCUUUCGGCUUCAGUGCUGCUGCCCUGUUGAAUCGCAGGCUCCUACUUCAUUAAUUUAACUGAGACUGUUUUGCGGUUUGUUAUCUGUAUUUCUCAGUUUCUCAACGCAAUUAAUGCAAAUUUAAACUUUUAUUCAAUAGAGAAAUCGUCCUUAUUGUCUAUCAGUGAAAUCCAUUGAUUUCCGUAUUUCCUGCCUUAGCGGGUGACUAGCCAUCUAAAACAAAAUGUUGGAUCCAUCAUCUAGCGAGGAGGAAGCAGAUGAGAUUGUGGAGGAGGAAAGCAAAGAGGUGAAGGCACCCCAGGCCGGGUCUCGCCUGUCUCCGAGCCGAACCAGCGAGAGCUCCGGCGGGUUACAGCCCAGCAGCCGGAGCAUCAGUGCCCGCCCGUCCAGUCCAAGUCCGUCGGUGGCCAGCGAGAAAGAAAAGGAAGAGGUGGAAAAAUUCCAGAAAGAGGAAGAAGAACGGAAGAAAAGGCUACAGCUUUAUGUUUUUGUGAUGAGAUGCAUCGCUUAUCCUUUCAAUGCAAAGCAGCCAACGGACAUGGCGAGGCGACAGCAGAAGAUUAGCAAGCAACAGCUACAGACUGUCAAGGAGCACUUCCAGGCCUUCCUCAACGGAGAGACGCAGAUCGUAGCAGACGAGGCCUUCAUCAAUGCCGUCCAGAGCUACUAUGAGGUGUUCCUGAAGAGCGACCGCGUGUCCCGGAUGGUGCAAAGCGGGGGCUUCUCAGCCAACGACUCCCGCGAUGUCUUCAAGAAGCACAUUGAGAAGCGUGUGCGUAGCCUUCCGGAGAUUGACGGCCUCAGUAAGGAAACAGUGCUCAGUUCCUGGAUUGCCAAGUUCGACACCAUCUACAGGGGAGAGGAGGACCCACGCAAGCAGCAGCAGCGCAUGACGGCCAGCGCUGCCUCUGAGCUCAUCCUCAGCAAGGACCAGCUCUACGAGAUGUUCCAGCAGAUCCUAGGCAUCAAGAAGUUUGAGCACCAGCUGCUCUAUAAUGCCUGCCAGUUGGACAACCCCGACGAGCAGGCUGCCCAGAUCAGACGGGAGCUGGACGGCAGGCUGCAGAUGGCGGAGCAGAUAGCGAGAGCAGGAAAGUUUCCUAAGUUUGUCUCCAAAGACAUGGAGGGGAUGUACAUCGAGGAGCUCAAGUCGUCGGUGAACCUGCUGAUGGCCAACCUGGAGAGCAUGCCCGUGUCCAAGGGGGGCGAGUUCAAGCUGCAGAAGCUGAGGAGGGGUCACAACACCUCCAUCAUGGACAUGGGCCAGGAAGACGAGAACCAGCUCUCCAAGUCGGACGUGGUGCUCUCCUUCACUCUGGAGGUGGUGAUCAUGGAGGUGCAGGGCUUAAAGUCACUGGCCCCCAACCGCAUUGUUUACUGUACCAUGGAGGUGGAGGGCGGACAGAAGCUGCAGACUGACCAGGCGGAGGCGUCGAAGCCCACCUGGGGGACUCAGGGUGACUUCACCACCACGCACCCCCUGCCAGCCGUCAAAGUGAAGCUGUUCACCGAGAGCACGGGCGUGCUGGCUCUGGAAGAUAAGGAGCUGGGACGGGUCGUCCUGCACCCCACUCCCAACAGUCCAAAACAAUCCGAACUGCACAAAAUGGUCGUAUCAAAGGCAUGCCCCGACCACGACCUGAAGAUUAAGCUGGCCAUUCGCAUGGACAAGCCGCAAAACAUGAAGCAUUGUGGGUAUCUUUGGGCAAUUGGAAAGAAUGUAUGGAAGAGAUGGAAGAAAAGGUUCUUUGUUCUGGUCCAGGUCAGCCAGUAUACAUUUGCCAUGUGCAGCUACCGGGAGAAGAAGUCUGAACCGCAGGAGCUGCUGCAGCUGGACGGCUACACGGUGGAUUACACCGACCCCCAGCCAGGUCUGGAUGGCGGUAGGGCAUUCUUUAAUGCCGUGAGGGAGGGUGACACCGUGAUCUUCGCCAGCGACGAUGAGCAGGACCGCAUCCUGUGGGUUCAGGCCAUGUACCGGGCCACGGGGCAGUCCCACAAGCCUGUUCCCCCCACCCAAGUCCAGAAGCUCAACGCCAAGGGGGGCACAGCACCCCAGCUGGAUGCACCCAUCUCCCAGUUCUAUGCGGACAGAGCUCAGAAACAUGGGAUGGACGAAUUUAUCUCCACCAAUCCGUGCAGCUUCAAUCACGCCUCGCUGUUUGAGGCGCUACAGCGACUCACCCUGGAUCACAGGCUGAACGACUCAUACUCCUGCCUGGGCUGGUUCAGUCCAGGUCAGGUCUUCGUCCUGGACGAGUACUGCGCCCGGAACGGCGUACGGGGGUGUCACAGGCACCUGUGCUACCUGAAUGACCUGCUGGAGCGGGCUGAGAACGGCGCCAUGAUCGACCCCACCCUGCUGCACUACAGCUUCGCCUUCUGUGCCUCACACGUCCAUGGGAACAGGCCAGACGGGAUUGGGACAGUGACGGUGGAGGAGAAAGAGCGUUUUGAGGAGAUCAAGGAGCGUCUACGGGUUCUUCUGGAGAACCAGAUCACACAUUUCAGGUAUUGCUUCCCGUUUGGCCGGCCUGAAGGAGCUUUAAAAGCCACGCUGUCUUUACUAGAAAGGGUCCUCAUGAAAGACAUAGUAACCCCCGUCCCACAGGAGGAGGUGAAGGCCGUCAUCCGCAGCUGUUUGGAGCAGGCAGCUCUGGUCAACUACCAGCGGCUUUCCGAGUACGCUAAAGUGGAAGGGAAAAAGAGAGAAAUGUAUGAGCAUCCUGUCUUCUGCUUGGCGUCUCAAGUGAUGGAUUUAACCAUUCAGAACGUAGGCCGCUUAGUCACUCCCGCCAAAAAGCUGGAAGACACCAUUCGCCUGGCCGAAUUGGUCAUCGAGGUCCUUCAGCAGAAUGAGGAGCAUCACGCCGAGGCUGCUGUCAUGGGCGCGGGGGAUCAGUCGGCCUUCGCCUGGUGGUCAGACCUGAUGGUGGAGCAUGCUGAGACCUUCCUCUCCCUCUAUGCCGUGGACAUGGAUGCCGCCUUAGAGGUCCAGCCCCCGGAUAGCUGGGACAGCUUUCCGCUCUUCCAGCUGCUCAAUGAUUUCCUUCGGAUUGACUAUCACCUGUGCAACGGAAAGUUCCACAAACACCUGCAGGAUCUGUUUGCCCCGCUGGUGGUUAGAUAUGUGGACCUGAUGGAGUCAUCAAUCGCUCAGUCGAUACACAGGGGCUUCGAGCGCGAGUCCUGGGAGCCAGUGAAGAAUUUAAGCAGUAAUCUGCCCAAUGUGAAUCUGCCAAACGUGAAUCUUCACAUGCCCAAAGUACCAAACCUACCCGUACCGGUUAACCUUCCACACGUGCCUAGCAUUUCCACGCCGUCAUGGAUGGGACCCUUGUAUGACUUCCACAACGGCUCAGGCACCUCUGAGGACCUCUUCUGGAAGCUGGACGCACUGCAGUCCUUCAUCCGCGACCUGCACUGGCCCGAGGAGGAGUUCGGCAAGCACCUGGAGACGCGACUGAAGCUCAUGUCCAGCGACAUGAUUGAGUCCUGCGUGCGGCGGACGAGGGCAGCGUUCGAGUCGAAGCUCCAGAAAAGCAGCCGGACGACAGACUUCCGCGUGCCGCAGUCAAUAUGCACCAUGUUCAACGUGAUGGUGGACGCCAAGGCCCAGUCAGCCAAGCUGUGCGCCAUGGAGCAGGGCCAGGAGAGACAGUACCAUUCCCAGAUCGACAAUCUCAUCGAGGAGACGGUUAAGGAGAUGACCACUCUUCUGGUAGCGAAGUUUGUGGUCAUUCUCGAAAGCGUCCUGGCCAAGCUGUCCCGGUACGACGAAGGGACACUCUUCUCUUCAUUCCUCUCUUUCACAGUGAAAGCAGCCUCAAAGUAUGUGGAUGUCCCUAAGCCUGGGAUGGAUGUGGCAGACAGCUACGUGACGUUUGUGCGCCACUCUCAGGACAUUCUGCGAGAUAAGGUCAAUGAGGAGAUGUACAUAGAAAGGUUAUUUGACCAAUGGUACACCAGCACUAUGAAUCUCCUGGGGACCUGGCUGACCGACCGCAUGGACCUCCAGCUCCACGUCUACCAACUGAAAAUCCUCAUCAGGAUCGUGAAGAAAAAGUACCGUGACUUCCGACUACAAGGAGUGCUGGACUCCACACUGAACAGCAAGAUGUAUGAAACUGUGCGGAAUCGGCUGACACUGGAAGAGACCACAGCGUCAGUCCGAGAAGGCGGCAUGCAGGGAAUUUCCAUGAGGGACAGUGAUGAGGAAGAGGAUGACGACUAGAACACUGGGUGGG